AUGGUGGCGGGGCGGGCAGCGGAACGGGCGGACAGCCGGAGAGCGGGCGCGGAGAGUGAAUGGAGGGCGUCGCUGGCUCAGCCCUGCCGCCGCCGGGACCGAAAGGACGGAGCGGCCACUGCGCAGCCGCUAAGGCGCCGACGCCACGCCCAUCCCCGCCUCCACGCCCCCUCGCGCCGCGCCCAUUGGCUGCGCCGCCCGGCCACGACCCGCCCCCGCCUGCGUGCCGCGCCCCCGAGGGCUGCCGGGAACCCCGCCGCGCCCCGCCCCGUUCACCAGCGCACCGCGUCCAUUGGCUGCGCUCCCCGGAGACGCCCCGCCUCGCACCCCGAGGUCACGCCGCUGCCGGUACCCGAGCGGGCUGGCGGGCGGCUGCGGAGCGGCUCCGACCCCGUCACACUCUCCCGGGUCCCACUUCGGGAGACCCCGUUCCCUGCCGGAGUGUACCCGGGGGACCCCGCGCCGCCCUCCGCGCCCGUCCUGGGGAGAGCGGCUGAGGCUGGGGCUGGAGGUUGGGGUCGGCUCUGGCGGCUGGAGCGGCUGCUGGGCGGCGGGACGGGUGGCCCAGAAGUCACUGAAGCAUGGGUAGGUCUAACCUUGGGCCCUUGCUGUGGGGAGGGCGUGGAGACCAAGCACAUUCCUGAGGCUCUGCUAGGGCACCGGCGGUGGACAGUGUCCUCUGAGGACCCAGGACCAAGCCAGGCUCCCUGCAGGAGGCCGGGAGCAGUGUGGGUGCCGGGCAGGGGUGGGGAGUUUGCUGGGGCGCUGCGCCCCACAGGCCUGUGUUCGUUUCCCAGCCUCAGCGAGGCUGCACAGGACGGGGCCCUGGUGCUGGUUUUCAGUGCCAGCGAGCCGGGACCGGAGCUGCUAUUUCCAGAUGAGGCUGGUUCACAUCUGCUCUGGCCGGGGUUCCAGGCCCUGGGCCCCGGAACACGGCGUUCCCUUUCCAAGUCUGCAAAGCCUGUCUUAGGGGAGAGAAGAAGGUUCCUUCCAUGCGGGUGGGGACGGCUAACCACGUCCAGACACUGAGACAGCGCUCUGUGUGCUCGGCCCUCAGCCUGCACUGGCUUGGUGGCUUGGUGACCCACCAGCAGGGUGGUGCUGUCUGUGGGCUCUGCUCAGGCUCCUCUCCGAGCCAGGAGGAUGCCUGCCUGCUUGGGCCUGGCACACAGGAUGUGCUUGGGAAGUGCUUCUGGAAUGGAUGGAUAGGUGGAUAAUGGAUGGAUGGAUGAAUGGAUAAUGAAUGGAUGGAUGGAUAAUGAAUGGAUAGAUGGGUGAUGGAUGG